AUGGAUAGCCAAAGAGAUGUUUACAUAGCCAGGCUGGGAGCAAAGAUGGACUUGAAAGAUUCAAAAGCUGCAAAAUUUCAGGAUGAACCCUUUCUUCAGGGAAACCCAAAUCGGUUUGUCAUCUAUCCAAUCCAAUACCAUGAUAUGUGGCAAAUGUACAAAAAGGCGGAGGCAUCAUUCUGGACUGCAGAAGAGGUUGACUUGUCAAAGGACUUGGCACACUGGGCAGCUCUGAAACCGGAUGAAAGACACUUCAUCUCGCAUGUUCUGGCAUUCUUUGCUGCGAGUGAUGGAAUUGUAAAUGAGAACCUGUUGGAGCGAUUCAGUCAGGAGGUCCAAGUCACUGAAGCUCGUUGUUUCUAUGGUUUCCAAAUUGCCAUGGAGAAUGUUCAUUCAGAGAUGUACAGUCUCCUUAUUGAUGCCUAUAUUAAGGAUCCCAGUGAAAGGGAGCUCUUGUUUAAUGCAAUUGAAACAAUGCCAUGUGUAAAGAGGAAGGCAGACUGGGCCUUGCGGUGGAUUGCUGAUUGGGAGUCCACAUUUGGGGAGCGAUUGGUUGGCUUUGCUGCUGUUGAGGGAAUCUUUUUCUCUGGGUCCUUUGCUGCUAUCUUCUGGUUGAAGAAACGAGGGUUGAUGCCAGGCUUAACUUUCUCCAAUGAACUGAUCAGUAGGGAUGAAGGUCUGCAUUGUGAUUUUGCCUGCCUUAUGUUCAAACAUUUGGUUCACAAGCCCUCGGAAGCAAGAGUCGGAGCAAUCAUCACUGAAGCAGUGAAGAUUGAACAGGAGUUUCUGACUGAGUCUCUCCCUGUGGACUUGAUAGGCAUGAACUGUACCCUGAUGAAAUAUUACAUUGAGUUUGUGGCUGACCGCCUAUUGUUGGAAUUGGGUUUCAAUAAGAUUUUUAAAACCGAAAACCCUUUUGACUUCAUGGAAAACAUUUCCCUGGAAGGGAAGACUAACUUCUUUGAAAAGAGGGUUGCUGAGUAUCAAAGGAUGGGUGUGAUGUCAAAACCAGAAAGUAACAACUUUACGCUGGAUGCUGACUUCUAG